AUGCGAGAUGUCGAUCCCUCCACCGUUGACCUACUUCGCAACGCCGAGAGGUUCGCUGCGUUGCAUGGAUUACUUUUGUGUGAUGUAUCGCCACAGGACCUGCAGGAGCACGUGCGCAGUGCGUCAUGCCUCAGAGACCUGUUUUCACCCAAGUUCAUCGAGGCGCAAAAGGCUGCCCUCUAUCGGCACCAGCACCUCCCGCUUCUCAAGCAUCCUCCCGUCGACCGCUUAGAGGAGCCCCAGGGGUAUGCGCUAAGUGACACCAACAAACAAUCUCUGGGCGCAAGUGAUAAGGUGGAAAGUUCCGCGGAGAGUGAUGACGCUCGGGCGGAUUGCGUGGGCCCAAACUACGUGAACUACAAGCGGCAGGUUCUCAUCGAACGCCAAAGUUUUGCUGAGGCUUUGGAAACGGCACGUGUGGAAGCGUCUAGCCUUAUGGAGCUGGAAAAGCCGUCCCAACUGCCCGCUCUUAGCCAAACAUGCGAGCAGUGGGUGCAGGAUAUAGCGGAGUUCAUAAAGCUGGACAGGCUCAAGCUGACCGACUCGGUGUUGCCGUCGAACCUAGACGAUCAAACGCUUGCCCGAGCUACGGUGAACAUUGCUCUUCAGUUGAUGUGCUUUCCUGCGUACGCGUAUAACUCUAAAGGGCAGCGGGGUGGUCUGUUGCGUCGUCGGCCGCAGCAGACCGCUGGAAACCAGGUUCUUCUAGCCCAUGCGGCAAUUCGGCUGGGCGACGAAAUAGGCCGUAUGUACGCCCGAAAGCUUGCAUCUAGUAAGCCAACGGAAGCGAAUGCCAAACCGGAACCCAAGCUCGACGUACCUCGGAGUUCUGAAACGGCAGUUACCACCCAUGCCAGCGCCUCCGACGUCGCUCCAGGAGGUCUAACCCGUGGUUUUGGUACUGUUUUUGACAUUCCGAAGCUUGUAACUGCGGGUUUAAGCUCGCUUACGGCAUCAGCAUUUUCAGGUGCAUCGAAGGCGCGUGUCAUGUCCAACACUGCCACUGGUGUUAUGGAGCCCACUCCUCAGCUGCAUAGUGACGGUACCCUCACCGACGAUCAGAAGCAGUGGAACAGCAAGCAGAGCGCCGCAGUCGGAGGUUACCUGUUGCACGCACUCGUACAAUCAUGUUAUGUCCAGGUGGAUUUGACCACUGCAUUACGCCAGACGAACUCGUUCGCCGAACUUGAUACGUCGAUGUUGCUUCCGAACGUCCAUAAUUCCGAAUCGGAUCACACUACCAUGGCUAAAAAGAAGCGUAAAUGGCUGAACAAGGCGAUCAGCCGCAUUCGCCAGUCACGGUUCGACGCCGGCAAGGUGGAGAUCGCCGCAUUCGCCCACAAGGUCCACCGUCAUGGCGUGAAAGUCUAUGGAGUUUUGGAAAUGCGGGAGUGUUGUAUGAUCCACUUGCGAGAUGCUGUGGCUCGGGGUUUGGUGAAUCUGAGCUGCCUGCCCAUGGUCUGCGAGCCCAAGCCGUGGACGUCGGUGUCCUCUGGGGGUCUCGCGCUUCUAAAGCAUUACUUCAUCCGCACGCAAAGCAGGCCCACUUUCGACGUGAGAGUGUACGAUCUUUCCAGGGUGCUAAAUGUAGUAAGCAAUUUUGGCCGCGUUCCGUGGAAGGUCAACGGGGAUGUGUUCAAGGUGCUCCGGACCCUGUGGACGACGGACACGUUGCUGCCUGUGCGUUCAUUUUUACCCGACAAGUCUCUCAUUGAGAACGAAUCGGAAACCGCUGUCAGCACCAUGGAGCGCGCAAAUGCGUUGUCAGAGUGCUCACUUUUCGAGAGAAGGCUGCGGGUGGCAGAAGACUUUCUCCUGGAGCCGCGUAUAUACUUCCCGCAGAACAUCGACUUCAGGGGGCGGAUGUACCCUCUAUCGCCUCACCUCAACCACAUGGCGGACGACGUGUGCCGUGCGUUGCUGAAGUUUGCCGAGAAGCGGCCUUUGGGGGAGCGUGGUUUCUACUGGCUGAAGGUCCACCUGAGCAACCUGUAUGGUAUGGACAAGAUACCGUUCUCUGAGCGUGUGGAGUGGGUUGAACGCAACACCGCCGUCAUCCAACAACUGGUGCGGGCUCCGUUUUCGGAUGUCUCACAGUCCUUCUGGCAGCGCGCCGAGUGCCCAUUCCAGUUCUACGCCACGGCUAUCGACUACGUGGCCGCCCUGGGAUCGGGUGACCCACACGGUCACAUGAGCGACGUUCCCAUUCACCAGGACGGCAGCUGCAACGGAUUGCAGCACUACGCCGCGCUCGGCAGGGAUUUGAACGGCGGAGCCGCCGUCAACCUCACCCCCAGUGAUCGGCCGCAGGACGUGUACCAUCAAGUGCUUCUGGAGGUUAUCGCCAAGGUACGUGCGGACUACCCGUCCGCACCAGCUGGUCCAAACGAUCCAUUCAACUCUAAAGCGCGCAUGGCAAGAUUGUGUUUGGAGCACGGGAUCUUACGUCGUAAGAUUGUGAAGCAGACGGUCAUGACCAUCUGCUAUGGAGUGACCCGAACGGGUGCCGUUGCGCAAAUCGAGGCGCGAUUGAAAGAGCUGACGACUCUGGAGUCCCUGGAGCCGCAUACGGUGCACAAUUUGGCCGCGUACAUAGCGAGCAAGGUCUUGGGUUCUAUAAACACAGUGUUUGCGGAGGCUAUGGCUAUCAAGAAGUGGUUGGACGACAUUUCCGCGGCUCACAACAGGCUUAACGUUCCUGUAACGUGGAUAAGUCCCAUAGGGUUACCAUGUGAGCAACCGUAUUGCAAGGCUGUGACCAAGGUGGUGCGUACGCCAAUUCAAGCCAUCAACGUGUCGGAGCAGGCGCAUAGCGUAGUUGACAAGCGCCGCCAGAAGUUGGCGUUCCCGCCCAAUUUCGUCCACUCAUUGGACGCAUCGCACCUUAUGUUAACGGCCGAAUCGCUGCUCAAGAACGGGCUGAGCUUCGCGGCGGUGCACGACAGCUACUGGACCCACGCUUGCGACGUCGACGUGAUGAACGUCGCCAUCCGCGAGCAGUUCGUCAACAUGUACCGCGAGCCCAUCCUGGAGAACCUGUACCACAGCUGCAUCAAGCGGCUGCGAGGGGAGGUAGUCAUUCCGCCUCCGCCGAGGCGCGGUCAGCUGGACCUAGACAUGGUGCGCCAAUCUGCGUACUUCUUCCACUAG